CCUGGAAGGAUCAAGCGACGUAAUGCAUGUCAACUACAGACCAAGAAGUUUGUUUGUUGCCCCCCUUUCCCCCAAUUUCUAUCCAAUUGCCUACGACUCCACUAUUGGCCUGCACGAAGUACCUACAUGCGACAGCCCCGGCCGUCUAGGUUUCGGAUCUUGGUUUCCUUGCUGGCCAAAAUAGUCCAUCCGGUCCCGUCUACUUGUCGCUUUCUUCGUCCUAUGAUUUUCUUCCCUUCUACUUUGUUUACUUUUUUUUUGUCACAGGCUUGACGCGUUUUUGGGCGAGUUGAUUAUUGCCCACCCCCAAAAAUACAAACACUCGUUUUUUGUUCUAUUUGGGUCUUAAUCCCAAACCACCUCACCCUCAGUCCUAGAUCCAGGUACUACCUUACCGACCUACCUUACCCAUUAAGGUAUCGACUUCGUCAAGCUUCUUGUAGAACCCACCUGCUUGCUGCUGGGCGCACAGAAGAGACGUCGCUGUCGACGCCACCGUUUUCUUUUUGACUUGCCCACCAAAGCCCCGAAACCCGACCUCAGCUGCCACCCUUGCCGGAAUCCUGCAUCACAAUGGCGCUACAAGCCGCAUACGUGCAGUUUCUUACUGCGCCAAACUUGGCUGCCCUCGCCGAGAAAGCCACGCUCAACUACAUUACGACGACGACAAGCAUCUCUGGUGCCGGCGAAGUUGUGAAGCACCUGAAUGGGUUGCACAGCCAUGUCAAGAAGAACAAAGAGACGCUCCUGUCAGCAAUUGAGGGCCGCGAUGGCCUUGCGCUGGCCAUUGAGAUGGACACCUCACUUGAGUUUGUCAUUAGUGGAGGACCAUAUCUUCCCGGUCUAGACGACAAUUUCCUGGCUGACCGCAAGAUUCAAGUUUGCAUUACCCACAUUGUCGCAUUCGACUCGGACGGCAAGAUUGUCCAAAUCCGCCAGUCAUGGGACCAGGGCUCGCUCCUCAAGCAGGUCGAUGUCAUUGGUAGAAGUGGCCGUAACUGGCCCAUCCGCGACAGCACUGAGCAGAUCAAGCUCAUUGCCAAGUGCAUCAAGGGUGAGGCCGAUGCCUCCGGUGGCGACCUCCCUAUUCGCUCGCGUGCCACUUCCACAAACGCCAUGCGCGACCCGCAUGCCUCGCUGAACCUCUUCGCUCCGCGCGCCGAGCAAGAGGAAGCCGAGAUUGGAGCAGUGGUCUCUCCCUAUGCAGGCAAGUCGCGCCCCCACCAGCGCUCUUUUACCGACAUCUUGGGCGAUGAGCCAGAGGAGUCCGAGGACGGUUCCCCUGGCCGUCCCGGUUCGCCAACAAAAGGCUUCGCUCCCAAGGCUGGCGCAGGCAAGCACUUCCAGCAGCCGCGACUGUUCGAGACGAACGAGGAGGACGAGCCGGAAUCGCCAGUGCAUCACAAGUCUCCCGAACGCCAGUACAAGCCAAACCCCAAGAAGUAUGAGCAUUUCGAGUUCGCCGACGGUUCGGACCCCCGGGAUGCGCCCGUCCGUGGCACUGAGUUUGACAAGGUCAACAGGGGCAAGCACAAUAGCCAGUGGGACUUCAAGGAUUUCGUUACUCCGCAAAAGCCUCGGGGGCGUCCUCAACGGUCCCAGGAUGUCAGGCACUGGAGCACCGAGAACGACGAUGCUAUCAUCGAAACCCCGGCCGCCCGCAGGCCUGCUCCGCCCAAGCCGCGACGCGAUGCCGAGACACACUUUGAGCUCCAAGAUGACGGUCCAGACGGAGAGCCUCGCCCAGCCGGCCGCCCAAGAGGCGCGGGCCACAAUGAGGGCCUGGGUCUGUACAAGAACAACCUGUACAACGAGGAUGGCAGUACUCCCGACGGUCCUGACCCCCGCGCAUUGGGCAACAUCACCAACGUAAAGGACAGGCGUCGCGACUUUGAUCCCCACUUUGGAAUCACGGACGACAGCCCCAACCAGGGCGCUAACCAGGUAGAGAACCCAAGGGGGGUCCCCGAGGGUCGCAAGAAGGCAGUCAAAAUGAUGGAGUCGAGCUGGUCGGCAUACGACAAGUCCCCUGUUUCCCAGAAGGAGAACAGCCAACCUGAUAUUCUUGGUGGCAGGAAGGGGGAGGACCAAGGCAUCGCGAUUGGUGGCGAUGGAAUGGGCGGUAAGAAGGGUUCCUCCCGCAACUACAUCUUUGGAGACCCCGACUCCGAGGAUGAGGUCCCUCGCCUUGUCACAAAGAAGCAGGGUGCCGCGCACAAGCCUACGGCGGGUAGCUUUUGGGAUUUCUAGUCUCACCGCAGCGCAGAUAUCUGAAGGUCCGCCGUUCGUCUUGGGACCCUAUAGUCGUCACGCUCCAUCUCCUUUGUUCUAUCCUUGUCCUUGUCCUUGUCCAUAUUUGGCAUUGAUGACGAUGUGAUGCAUACAAAACGCUACGAAAUGACCUUCUAUUGUGUUUAUUUCAUUGGCCAAGCGCGCACAAAAACAAGGAGUACAUGGCGUUUUCCUUUACAGCACAGAAACCUGCUGUAAAAUCUCUCUCUCUUUUUUUUUUUCUUUUUUUAGAUUGCGACCCUUUCCCACAUCUUUCUUAAGCGAUGUAUGGGGCUGUUGUACGCAUUAUUGUUUUCUUAUACGUAGGUCUGCUACCUUUGUACCCAAAAUUAAACUCGCUUGGGGGAGAUGGGAUUGCGGCAUAGAGACCGAUUUGUUUAACAAUACUUGUGUUUGGGUCGCUUUAGCGAAUGUAUUUACUACUUCAUAGUUUUCUCGGAAGCCUUUCCUUUGUAAAAUCUCUUUGGCGAAGUUCCAAUACGGCUGGUCCAGUAUUCCGAAUGACGUGAACAAGCGCCGGAUUAGGUACCUAACCACAUGAUACUUGAACAGCCAAGAGGUAUACGUG